AAAAGGACCCACCCAAGAUGGCGGCCACGCUGAUACGAGAGCUCCAAUCGACAUCGUCGGCUUUGAGGUGUCUACGUAUAUUAUGUUUAUGGCCAAGAAGAAGAGAAGGAAGAAGAGCGAACUCCCUGUUGCUGUUUUAGCCCCUAAACAACAUUUGUAGUUGGAAAGUAAAGAAACACAACAGUCUGGGGGAGUGUCUCUCGGUCUGUGAGCACAGUUCACUUCCUCUGAGUUCAGUAGAGUUUGAACUGUUAUCCAGAGAUCCUCGUGUCUGUAGUUAUUUGGUGAAAUCUCCGUCGCCGGACUCUUUACAAACUCGGGACUCCUCAUCGUCCGGAGCGAAACCACAGGGCCGUCCUAGUUUAUACCUGUAGCGUCAAGGUGGGUCAUGAAUACCUGCUGUAGGGAAAGAUCAGACUGUAACUUACGACACGACAAACUGAACUUUUCAAUGUGAAACACUCAAGUUAUUAAUGACUCUCAGUUAUGGCAAUAAUCAUUCAUGUGUCCUGACGGUGACAAAAAGUUUUGUUUUUAAUUUUAUUAGUUUCACCAGCUUAUAUUGUAUCCAUGUGCAGUCAUUGCAGUAGUUUGUAUAUAUAUAUAUAUAUAUAUAUAUAUAUAUAUAUAUAUAUAUAUAUAUAUAUAUAUAUAUAUAUUUGUGUGUGUGUGUAUAUAUAUAUAUAUAUAUAUAUAUAUAUAUAUAUAUCAUAGGGCUGGGCGAUAUGGGAAAAAAGUUUACCACGAUUUUUUUUCCGAUAUCAGUCGAUAUCGAUGUAUAUCAGGAUAUAAAAAAAUGAAAUAUGACAGUGCUUAUUGGUAGCAUGUCUUUUGCAAUACAAUAAUCUAAGUAUUUCCUCUUGCUGUUUAAGUGCUAUGGUUGCGUGUAGCUGCUGUCUGCUACUACACAGUUGUUCCCUACUUGGUUCUAAUUCAGCACGAUUGGUUUAGCACGAAGCUGACCUGGAGCAACUCCCCUUUCAUUGGCUGCAACUAUAGGUAAAGCCAACAUGCAAACACAGCACGGUCUUAACCCUGGCUCAAUAUUUGGUCUUUGUGUCAUCAGGUCACAUUACAUGGCUCAAAAACUAUGGAUGAAGUGGGUUAAUGUUCUCCCAGAGUCUUUAAUAAGGCGACUGACAAAAGCUCAAACUCCAGCGGACCCCUGGAUGUUGUGUUCGGAUCUGUCGGCUCCUGCCAAUAUUAUGUCGGUGGACCCUCCACAAGCUGCCAAUCCUCCACCUCCUGAGGUGACUAAUUCUAAAACACCAGGCCGAUUGACCAACCAGCUGAAGUUCAUGCAGAAUGUGGUGAUGAAAUCUCUGUGGAAGCAUACCUUCGCCUGGCCGUUUCACAAGCCUGUUGAUGCAGUCGCUCUGGGACUACCAGUGAGUAGUUUGUUUGAAUGUUGUAUGUAGAAGUACUCUAUGUUGCUUGAGUUUAUCUUCACUGAACUCCAGAAGACGAGGCAAUCAGAUCUUGAUAGGAACACACAUUUUCUGGAUUCUUAGUAGCUAUGAAGAGCAGAAAAUAUGCAAAUAUUUGACUUAUUCUAGUUGUAGUAUCAGUCAACAAUGUCAGAAGUGUUUUUGUUUUUUGUUUUUUUAGAUCUUAUUGUAGUAGUCUACGUUCUUUCCUCAGACCAAAACUGCUUUUUGUGGCUAUGGAGUGGCUUUUUGGUCGAGGUUUGCACAUGGAGACGUAGACCGCUGUGUAUUGCUAUCGUUCAGUCAUUACAAAAGUUGGUAUAACUAGAGGAGCCAGCAGUCGGCAACAUUCAUCUUUCAAGGGGGUGUUACGUGUGUUUGACCAUAGCUUAAAUUUACGCCUGAAUAUCCCUUUAACUGACAGACAGGAGACUGUUGUCAAAAUGUUUACAAAGACAAUCACCUGGAAUCAGUGGAAGUAUAAAACCUCACAAGUGAUGAAAUACCAUUUUAUACUAACCCCAGGCACUGGUAACAGACUCUGACUGAUCCUUUAGAAAACUAUCUUACAUGUUGGCUCUUCUUUCUGUAGGAUUAUCACACCAUUAUCACAUCUCCCAUGGAUUUGGGGACAAUCAAAAAAAGACUUGAAAACAACUACUACUGGAGUGCAAGUGAAUGUUUGCAGGACAUCAACACUAUGUUCACCAACUGCUACAUCUACAACAAGGUGGGGAGCUUUGUGAAAUCUCAUUAUUCCCUGUAAAGUCAAACCUAAACUAAACCUCCAGAUCUUGGUGCGCUCUAGCCAACAGAUGACAUCGUGCUGAUGGCCCUCGCUUUGGAAAAAGUUUUCUUGCAAAAAGUUGCCAGCUUGCCGCAGCUGGAGAGAGAGAUUUCCCCAACCAAAGUAAAGGUCAGAAGAAACUACCAAGGUAAAUGACCUCCCAUAUUUAAAAAGGUGUCACACAUGUUAAAUAAAUGUGAGGACUUCAACAUUAUGAAUGUGUCUGCAGGCGUUUGUCCGUGUGUGCUUUUAUGUGAGUAGAGUGCAUAUUUAGCCUGCAUGAACGGCGAUGUUACCCCCGAGUCCCUGACAGUUUUUUCACCAUCUGUAGUGAUUUACUGCAUCAGUGACCUUCUGUUUCCUGUUUGUCUUUCCACUAAAGGGCUUGAAAAUACAACCUUUUUCUACCUCCUCUAUCAGGAUUCAGUGUUCUGUCACUCAAAUUGUGUUUCUUGGUUUGGUUUUCUGUUCUACGUCUGUUUUCUGAAGACAAAAAGUAAAGACAAAUGCUAAAUUAGCUAAACAGUUGAAAAAAAUGUAGAAAUUGCAUUAUAUUGUAUCACGAUAAUAUCGUAUCGUGGGGCCACUAGUGUUUCCCACCCCUAAAUUUCAUGCAUAAGAGCAUCAUAAGCUAACGUUCAUGAUGUGGUAAUGCUUCGAUUCCUACCACAGCAGAAACAAGUGCAUUUAACAGUUUGCCUGUUAAGAAAGGAGGAAGGGCAGCAGUACUUCAUUGGUGAUCAUUAAAAUCUGCAUACACAACAAAAGGAUCUAUCAGUGGACUAACCAUUCUGUGUGCUUGACAUCUGGAGGUGGAGGGCCAUAUAACUUUUUAAUUUUAUUUUACAGCUGCAUCAAGGUUUGUCACGACUGCAUCUGUAAUGGACACUGAACAUCCAUGUUAAUAUUCAUGAGCGUUGUUGGUGGCACUGAUGGUUAAUGUUUGAGGCCUUUAAUAUGUGCAGCUCUCAGAAGAGUGUAUUUUAAUUUGUGCUGAAAGAGCACAGUGUUCCCUCCAGUCUGGAGAAUAAUAAGGCGUAAGGAAGAAAUCCAGUCUGUCCAUAUAUGCUCAUCUCACUCCCUGAAUAAUUGGUCUUUUCAAAAGGAAGUAAAACAGCAGUAACAGCCUCACUUUGUAUCAAUUUAAGACUAUAUAUACAGUAUAUACACAAAAGAUCAAGUUGAUUUGUGACUUAAAGUACAUUUAUUUUUCUUAUUUCCUUCAAUUUGUGUGGACACAUGCCUUUAGGUUCUCCAUUCUCCAAACUCACAUCUCAACAGAUCCUCAGCAACGCAGCAGGACCAACACAGACCACUCCAAAAGUGAGUUCCUGAUAGACUUUAAAGCAUUUGUGAGGUUUUUUAAGCCACUGAACAUUGAGAAAUAAUCAUUCCUGUUUUUUGUUUGUUUGUUUUUUUUCAUUGAAGAAGACAGUGUUGAAACGGAGAAGAAGCACAACUGGCGCCUUCGAUCAGAUGGACAUGGACGGGCACAAGUCAGCACAACGAGGAAGUGAGCAGCUUAAGUAUUGCAGCAGUAUCCUAAAGGAGCUUCUGUCAAGGAAGCAUCAAUCCUACGCCUGGCCGUUCAUCACACCUGUUGACGCUAAAGCUCUGCAGCUCAACGAUUACCACGACAUCAUCAAAUACCCCAUGGAUCUUGGCACUGUCAAAGUGAGAGCUGCAUGUUAAUGUGUACAGAUACAGUUCAUUAUCUCAACAGGUUAUAUAUAUUAUAUUUGAUAAUAACAGAGACUGUAACUCCUGAUAUUCCAGAAAAAGAUGACGAGAGGAGAGUACCACGAUGCACAAAGUUUUGCUGCAGAUGUAAGGUUGAUCUUUUCUAACUGCUACAAAUACAACCCUCCACACCAAGAAGUUGUAGCUAUGGCCAGAAAACUUCAGGUAGAUUUUGAAUCAUUACUAUCAACCAUUAAAUAUUUUUAAAAAUACAUAAAUUAAUCCAUUUCCGAUGUCCCUGUGUAUGCUUUAGGGUGUGUUUGAGAGGAGAUUUGCAAAGAUGCCAGAAGAGCCAGUCGAGGUAAAUCCACAGACAAAAAGUACAGGUGUUCGGGACCUAAGUGUCAACGCUUCCUCCGACUCAAACAAACCUGACGUAGAACAGGAGCAGAACGCACGGAUUGCUUCUUUGCAAGAACAGGUGGGUGCAGCAAAGGCGGGUUUCUGGUUGAUCCACCUCGGUGUCUGCGCCUUAGAACCAUCAUCUGACCUGCAGUAACUUUUUGUGCACCUUUUUCUGCAAAGUGCAACAGAAAUGUAGCUUUUGUCCUGAUUAAAAUCUCAACACUCACACAGUCCUCUUGAGAUCAGAGUUUUCUGGAGCGAGUGCUCCUGGCAGUAUCCAGUUAGUUCAUACAGAGAAAUAGUGGUGUACAGAGUGGUGCAGUUGUAUACUGUUAUGAACAUUUAUAUUUAGAUAGCUGUUAAAAUGGAAAGAAAACAGUCACCCUGUUUUACUUGUUCUGCUUCUGCAACAGUAGUUUUAUCAUAAAUGUAUGCAGGGUUCCUCUGUAGGUAUGAAAAGUAUGGAAAUAAAUUAGAUCAAUUUGCGGGUCUUAAAAAGUCUGGAAAAUGGAAAAUAAGUUAUGGAAAAAUAAUCAUGUUUCCAAUAUUACCGGAGUGCUAAAAUUCUGUUUUCUAAAAUAGAAAAGUAGGUUUUUCCAAAAAUAAUUCCAAAAAGUAGGGUAUGGAAAAGUACGGAAAAUCCAACCGUGUAGGAACCCCGUGUAUUUCUUCUGCUUAAAUUUCUUGUCUAUAGUUUUAGCCUCACCUUCUUCUAGACACAAAUCACCCUCAUACUUCUGUUUUUGUUUUUUUAUUGUUUUGUCUUUCUCUGUGUGCCACUGUUUUGUUUGGUCUCUGUAAUUUAUCACUACUGUUGUUAUUAAAAUUGCUCAUUUGUUGACUCUACCCAGCUAAAAGCUGCUCAUGAGCAGCUAGCAGCGCUCUCCGAGGGAAAAGACAAAGAGGAAGACGGCAGAGGGAAUGAAGGCAAAGCAAAUAUCAGGUCUGACAUUGAACAUGAGAUACCGAGCUUAUUUUCCCAGCGUAUCACUCUUUUACACAGAGAUAUUUGAGUUUUUGUUUACAAACUCAGGCAGCUGUGGAAGAGCAGUCAGGACUGGGAUUCAGAUGAUGACUCUUUGCCACUGACAUAUGAGGAGAAGCACCAGCUCAGCCUGGACAUUAACCGGUUGCCUGGCAUGAAGCUGGGCCGUGUGGUCCAGAUCAUUCAGACACUGGAGCCGUCCAUGUGCAACACCAACCCAGAUGAGAUCGAGAUUGACUUUGAGACACUGAAGCCGUCCACUCUGCGUGAGCUGCAGGAAUACGUGAAGGCUUGUCUGUUUAAGAAGUUUACGAAAUUUCAGAGUGAGUAUGAAGACUUGCUGCCCUCUUCUUUUGAAUCGUUUCACAUCCAGGGUCUGAUUGGUGAUGGUGUUUCCUUUUCUUCCUCUCAUCCAGAGAAAAGCAGUCAAAUUGUGAGUCAUGACAGCGGCUGCAGCAGCUCUUCAAGUUCAGCCGGAAGCAGUCCUGGUCACUCCAGUUCAGGAGACAGUGACUUGUGAGGUACAAAGUUCAUACAAUUGUUUUUUUUGUUUGUUUGUUUGUUGUUUGAAAACGCACUUUUACUCCCCGGCUUUAAACUCCUGAAAACUUUUAAUCAUGUUUUCACUGAACCAUCUUUGUCCUCCUGUUUUGAAUGUGUUCCUGUAUCUUGUUUUAUUGUUCAUGUUAAUCGUCUGGUUCUUUUUAUUUUGUUUUUCAUUUUACUGUACAGCACUUUGAUCAGUGCUUUGUUCUUUUUUAUAUGCUUUAUAAAUAAACCUGGAUUUGAUUGUUAGUUUGUUACAGAAAAAGUCAAAUGUUGAAAGCCUUUAUUUUUGUUUGUUCUUUUAUAUUGUUUCUGAGUUCAGUUUGUCUUCUCUCACUGUGUCUUAAUAAAUCACAAUAUCCGUCUCUGCCGUAUCUUAUCAGAAAUUGUAAAUUCAGAGUUAAGCCUGGUGACAUGUCUCAGUGACUAGGGCACAUUUUCAUAACACCAGUGUCUCAAACAAUAUCCUGUCUCUGCCAUUCUGUUUCCACAUCCUGUUCAAUUACAGUGCAGGUCUUUUCAGAUGCAUCAGAGAAAUGUGUGUAUUUUCCUCUAAAUAUCCCGUUUUUGUAAAUCACAGCUGACAAUGCUAUAAAAGAUUAUAUGCAACA